AUGGCCGACGGCGCUCCCCGCUCCCCCGCCACCGCGAUGCUCCCGCCGACCGAUUCCGCCCCGAUCAUCCCCGACGCCCCUGCUCCUCCUUCCUCCCCCGCCGCCGCGAUGCUCCUGCCGACCGAUUCCGCCCCGAUCGUCCCCGACGCUCCUCCUCCGCCUUCCUCCCCCGCCGCCGACGGACUCCUCCGCCCCCGAGUGCAACUUCCCACGCCCGCCCACCAUCCACAGGGCGCCGGCAGCAGCUCCAACAACCCCAACGCCGGCGCCGGCGCCGAGGAAGACAUGUUCCACCUCGACCCAGUGAAACCCGGCCUGCUAGAAGACGACACCCCAGACCUCCCGAUCCUCCUCUCGCUCUUCCACAAGGACCGCAAGAUCGCGCUCUCCGACGACCGCCUCACGGCGGGGAGCGCCAAGGGCUAUAGCAUGGUGCGGGCGACCCGUGGCGUGGCCUCCGGCGCGUGGUACUUCGAGGUGCGGGUGCUGCACCUCGGCCCCACCGGCGGCGACCGGCUCGGCUGGGCCACCGACAAGGCCCUCCUCGUCGCGCCCGUCGGGAACGACGCCUUCAGCUUCGGGUACCGCAGCGUGGAUGGGUCCAAGGUGGCCAAGGCCUGGAGGAGCGACUAUGGCGAUGGCUAUGAAGCAGGUGAUGUGCUGGGGUUUUACAUUUCGCUGCCUGAAGGGGAGGUUUAUCUGCCGCCCAAGGAGGCUGAGAUGGUCAAGCUUAAGGGGGUGUAUUUCUUUGCUAAACCUGCCAAGGUGGAUGAGACCAAGCCAGUUCCAGUUCCAGUCCCAGUUCCUGGGAGUGAGAUUGUUUACUUCAAGAAUGGAGUAUGCCAGGGCACCGCCUUUGACAACAUUCUCGGAGGGCGAUACUACCCAGCUGCAUCCAUGUACACAAUGCCCGACGAGCCAAACUGUGAGGUCAAAUUCAAUUUCGGGCCUGAUUUCACGUUCUUUCCAGAAGACUUUGGAGGCCGUCCCGUCCCUCGCCCAAUGAGCGAGGUUCCCUACCAGCCGUACGUGCUGAUGAAAGAGGGAUCUGCUAGUGCUGAAAAGGCCGCUUAG